GAAAGAGCACGGACCUGCGACUGCACAAUAAACCUCCACCAGCUCAAGCUCGUGUCUUUGCUCUCAACAACAAACUCGUCGCGCUCGUGCUCUGAGGGGUUGACAUGGACAGGGACGGGCAGGCAGGCAACUGUCGCCGAAGCACGUUAAGUGGUGGCGUCCCGGGCCCCGAGUUAAUCAAUCAGACAGAGCACGCUGCACAGCCGAAUCUACGUGCAGAAUUCUCUCCUACUUCCACAUACUUUGCGGGCGCGGCCCUCUGGACGUUAUUCCUUUCUUUCGGCGGUCUGUCCCGCUGGGUGCUCCUUCCUGCUUGCCCGGCGCGCUGUGCCGCUCUUUCUCCCCUCCGUCUUUUUUUUCUCCCACUCGGAAACCCACGCUCGUUCUGCUACCCGCUGCAUGACCUGAGCCAUUUCGCGCGCUGUGUCGGCAGAGAAGAGAAGAGAAGAGAAGCGAAUUCAUCCCGGCGACGAUGAGUAUUUGGGGUACUGUAGCUGCAGGUACUGGUGUUCUGGAUUCGGAGACUCUGCAGCCAUUCCCGAUUGUGGCCACGCGGCGGAGCAUCAUUCUGACGCGCUACUCGGUUGUCGCGGUGUAUUGCAUCGCGGUCUGUGAAUGGGUCGAAGCCUUGCCGAAGGAGGUCAUUCUGCUCAUCCAAGAUCUGGCCGUCUCAGUGGAACUCAAUCAAGAUCGCAUAUUUCCUGUGCAGGUGAAGAUGGAGCCUACCCCGACCACUCCCAUACUGAUCCUUCAAAUGUGGAGAUAUUAUACUAUCGUGCUUUGGCCCAUCGUCAUCUACGCAUAUGACCUCAAUCACUCCAUCCAGCUAUGUUCGCGUCUCAUGCUCGUGAUCAACUACAUCCUUUUGCCCAUGGUGUGCACUAUCCUUCUCCUCCAUUGUCUAUCUUAUACCGCACAGCAAUGUUUCGCUCACGCCGUCAUGCUCAUGCGCGCUUAUGGCUUCACCGGGAGGAAUUUCAAAGCGCUCAUUCUUCUCUGCACAUGCCUUGUCGGCCUCGUCGGCGUGAACAUUUGGUUCUUCUGCAUAGACGUGCCCAAGCUGCCGGACGUCGUGUAUGUGGUGCUGGGGGCCGGCUGUUUCCCAGACUACGCGGCCGAUGUGAGCGAUCUGCGGGUUGGACUGGAGAUGGCAGCUGCCAUAUUCAUGGAUCUCGUGUCUUUGCUAGUCAUCAUCGUGUAUCGCAUUCGCAAACGCGAUCUUCAAGGUUCCCUGAGUCGAGCAUUCCUCAACCAAGGCCUGUCAGCCUUUGCAUUCAUGGUGGUAGUACACGCGACCGCUAUCGGGUCUUACUACAAUCCCCGCCUGCUCCACAACGGCAUGGGCCUGCCAUACAUCCUGAUCCUGUCCAACGUCAUGGCCUGCAGAGUGAUUCUUGAUCUGCGGAACAAGGCCCGCCCGACCGAAAGCGAGAUCGAGCGCCAGCAUUCGGCACUGAUCGAGGACGAGCUGGCAAACUACCAACCCGAAAGCGGCGUGGCGGCAUCCGGGGACUAAACUGCGGCACGGCCGGCCCUGGUUCAAGGGUUCCUUGGACUCCUCGGUUUUUUUGCGACGUAACCGGCACUUUCGAGACCGGUUGGCCACGCACAGCGAUCACCGGGCACGACUGAGGAGAACUCUCUCCCGCGGAGAUGAGCGCUGUUUCCAUCAAGGUCUGGGUGCGUCAGUCAAGGGAGCCACCGAUUCGUUGGGACAUCGGUGUUUUCUCGUUUCCUUGAUGUUGACGAUGCUGAAAGUAUUGUUCGUAAAUAGUCUCUGAAUCUACUACAUCUGAAGGAUAAUCACUCAAAUUGAAAAAGUUCAUUGUUCGCUGA